UUCUCGUGAAGAUUCCAUCGGCAUGGUUCAUGGCAUGCUUGAUUUUUACGGCAAAGACCCCACUGACAGGAGAAAUAUUCUGUAAACCAUCGAUAAACAUUCCAAGUAACUCAACAUCCUUGUGGAUUAAGGCAGCUCAUAAGGACAGAUAUAAUCGUGUUGAAAAUGAAGCAUCUUAUGAUUUUUGUACAAUUUAUAAUGACUCAUUAGAAAGAUACCAAACUCAAUCGUACGAUGCAUCGAAUUAUUUAUUACCAUGCACAGAAUUCGGUCAUGUUUUCCACCGUACUUAUAUAUCAAUCAUCAAUCAAUAUGAACUGUUCUGUUCACGCGAAGCUCUUCUUGCACUAACCCAAAGUUUUCACUUGUUGGGAGUGCUAAUUGGCGGUAUAAUUGCUAAUUACAUGCUAAAGUCCAUAAGUCCACGAAGAACAAUGCUUGUUGGAAUGAUUUCACAGAUAUUUUUAGGAAUAGCAACAGGCUAUGCACCAACAUAUCUGCUUCAUAUUUUCUUUCGAUGUGCUGUUGCCGCAACAUGUAGCUUACAAUGUAUUGGUAUUAUGACUUUAGCAGACAUAACAAGUGGAAAAUAUCGAGUUGGAGUUGUUUGCUUAUUUGAACAAUUCUGGUCGAUUGGGGUGAUUUUGCUACCACUAGCUGGAUCUUGGUGGAGUAGCUGGUCUCUUGUUUAUGUUGCAAUUACAUUACCAACUUUUAUUUUAAUGUUUUUAUAUCCUUGGAUUCCUGACUCACCAAGAUGGCUUAUUAAGCAUGGAAAAGUAGAUGAGGCAAUGAAAAUCCUUCUUACAGCAGCAAAAGUCAAUGGUAAAAAAGACUUCAGUAAAGAUGAAUUGGAAAGAGAACUGAAAAGUCUAGCAAUACAGGCAGAAAAUGCUCCUCCUGAACCUUCAUGGUCGAGUAUUUGGGAUGGUGGAUUUGGAUUGAAGUUUAAAUUAUUUAUUGCUCACAUUGGUUGGUCAGUCUUUUUAAUGCUCUAUUUCGCAUAUUUACUUCAUGUCAGAGCAAUGGGUAGGGAAUACCUCAAUGUGAAUACAGUAAUUGCAGGGAUCAGUGAAAUUAUAGGAACAUUUAUUGGUCUAUAUCUUAUUUUGAACACUUCCAAAAAGUGGCUAUGGACAAGUCUUUUAAAUAUUGCUGCAUCCUUAAUAGCUUUUUCUGCUAAUUUUGUACCAGAUUCAAUCCCACAUUUUGAGCGGAUGGUCAUUUAUAUGGCGACAGCAAUGACUGCAAAAGCAACAGUAUCAACGACAUUGUCUAUGUUUAUAACAUCCAUGACUGAAAUUGUCUCAAAAGAUAAGAAAAAGAUUUGCAAUUACUCUGGAGUCUCUACUUCAAGGACGCUAGUUAUGAUAGCACCAUUUAUUGGAUUUUGUGGUAAAUUCGGUCAGCUAGUUCCAGUCAGUAUAAUGGUUGCUAUGAACAUAACAAUGUCGAUUUUAAUCAUGACAUUCAUCAGGACGCCAAGAACAAUUCCAAAAAUCAGAAGCUACAUCCCUGAAGAAAUAAAAUCUGUUAAUGGAAAAGAAUGCGCACGUCUGUAAAAAAUAUUUAUUAUUGAACUAUUUAGUAGGAAAUUAUUGUUGUAGCUAUUGAAAUAAAGUUUUAUUACAGUUCUUUAAAUACUAUGUCUAGUUUUAAGGUUCAUUCACAAAUGACUCGACAUGAAGUCCAAAAAUGAAGCAGUUCAAAUAAAAACAAAUGAUUGUCUAUGCACUACUCUUCCCUGUCUUAAGCUGUGACUUAAUUGCUUCUUAUUGUUCAUCAGUGCCAAUUAAUAUGGAUAAGGCGACGUCCAGGUAUUACGUAUCAUUUUUAAAAUGGGAAAUAAAUAAAAUAAAUAAGAAAAUGUGUACACAAUAUUUGGGAGAGGACGUAAUUAGUAAACGUAAAAAAGGAUAAUCGAUAUAAUGAUUAUUAAUGGACAUACUUUUGCAGUAAAAACUUACCUUGCAUGAUUGAGAUAAAUCUGUAGAAUUAACACACAAAAAAACUUAACAAAUGAAGCCAAUACAUAUGCACUGCGUAUAUCAAUAUGUACUGUCGAUUAAGCUUCAAUACUUAUCAAACGUUUAAGCAUGCAAUUAACACUAACAUUGCUUCACAGUUUAUUUUAAACAUUUCACAUGAGUAAGUUCAAUUAAAAAUAAAUGUUAACUAGUCAGUUUCUGUAAAGCUGCUGUGGGGUGAAGAGGUAAAUUCCUGAAAUAAUGAGUGGUCAAAUUUUAGAAAAUAUAGAAAUCAAAAGUGUUGUGCCAAAAAAGAGACAAGAUCUUCUUAAAUGGUAUGGCUGGGGCUACAAGGAUUCAGAGUUUGUCACCAAGGAUCGAAUGAUCUACUUUACCAGUCCUCGAUAUUUAGUCAGCGCAAACGCCAAGCUUGAGAACUUCAAGAAGUUUAUAGAUUCAUUAUUUAAUGUAGAAAUUGGAAAUGUGUUGGAGUUUCCAAUGACAGAAAUAAAGCUUAAGCCGAUAGACUAUCCGGAGCCAAUUUUAGUUGAUGAUUUUGUAAUUGGCUUGAAAAAUUUAAAACUUGAUUAUUCACUGGACGGUGAAGAUCGCAUGAUAAGAUCACAUGGACAAACUAUAAACGAAAUUUAUGAUUUACGUUAUGGAAAUUUCAAACGAAUACCGGAUAUAGUUCUAUGGCCAAUAAAUCAUGAGGAAGUUAUUAAAAUUGUUCAACUUGCAAACGAUAAUGAUGUCGUUCUGAUUGUUUUUGGUGGUGGAACUAGUGUUAGUGGAGCUAUACAUUGUCCACAGGAUGAGAAAAGAUCAAUUGCAGUAUUGGAUACAUCCCAAAUGAAUAAACUGUUAUGGCUUAACAAGGAAAAUUUAACAGCAUGUUUUGAGUCAGGAGUUGUUGGACAAGAUCUUGAAAGAGUAUUAAAUGAGCACAAUUUUACUUUGGGACAUGAACCGGAUAGUAUUGAACUUUCAACCUUGGGUGGUUGGGUAGCAACUAGAGCAUCAGGAAUGAAAAAGAACUUGUACGGCAAUAUUGAAGACAUAGUUUUAAAUGUAAAGGUUGUCACAUGCAAAGGAGUGUAUGAUCAAAAAUUUACAGGACCUCAUAAAAAUAUUGGUCCAAGCUUAGAUGAUUUAAUAUUUGGAAGUGAAGGCACAUUAGGAGUCAUUACAGAAGUUGAAGUAAAAAUUCGUCCUUUCCCAAAAGUCAGACGAUAUGGAUCAAUUGUGUUUCCAAACUUUUCAUAUGGUAUUAAAUACUUGCGAGAAAUAGCCAAACGAAGAUGUCAACCAGCUAGUAUCAGAUUGAUAGACAAUGAUCAGUUCCAAUUCGGACAAGCAUUGAAAAUUGAUGAAGGCGCUAUGGCAAGUUUUACAAAUGAAUUGAAAAAGUUUUUGCUGACAAAGGUCAAAGGUUAUGACUGGACUGAAAUAGCUAUCGCCACAAUUCUAUUUGAAGGAGGUUUGGAGGAGGUCGAUAGACAAGAAAAACUAGUUUAUUCUGUGGCAAAAGAGUUUUAUGGUCUCAAUAGUGGGUCCAAGAAUGGAGAGAAAGGAUAUGUUCUGACCUACGUUAUUGCAUACAUUAGAGACUUUGGACUUGAUUGUGGUAUGGUUGCAGAAUCAUUUGAAACUUCCGUACCAUGGACGAAGUGUGAAAUUUUAUGUGAUAACGUAAAACUUACAAUUCGCGAAGAGUGCAGGAAGCAUAAAAUCAAAUAUUUUUACACGAGCACUCGAGUGACUCAGACGUAUGAUGCUGGAGCAUGUGUUUAUAUUUAUUUUGGAUUUCAGUUUAGUGUUCCUGGUUUCAAAAUCGAAAAUCCACUUGAGGUAUAUCAUAAAAUAGAGGAAGCCGCUCGUGAUGUCAUUUUGGCGACUGGUGGAUCCAUAUCUCAUCAUCAUGGAGUUGGUAAGCUACGUAAGAAAUGGUACAAACAAUCAGUAUCACCAGUUGGAAUUGACUUGUAUAAAGCUAUUAAACUAGAACUUGACCCGAAAAAUAUUUUCGCAUGCGAUAAUUUUCUAAUGCCAGAGGAUAAGAUUGAUUUUGUUGGAAUUACGUCAAAGCUAUAAUUUUUCUUUGUGCCUUAACAAUUAAUCAUAUUAAAUCGGUGUUUUUUAUUUGUGUGAUUUUGUUUAAAAACUCAUUACUAUAUAGUGAUGCAAAUGCUUUAACGAUGAAAGAUGGCACUUAUUGAUAUUGAUUGAUGAUUGUUGACAAUGAAAUGUAGUUUGCACAGUUUAAGUUUGUCUUAUUUUGCACAGACGGUUAAUCUAAUAAAGAUAUUAAUACAGUAAAAUCAGCAAACAUUUACAGUUUUGUAAUCCAUUCACAGAAGAUUAGUUUGGUAUGAUUCUGAAACUAAGAACAUUUGAAUAAUCGAUAAUAAAUUGUCUCACUCGCUGUUUCGGAAGUCUAUUUGAACUAAAAGCACGUACAAAAAUAUUGGAAAAAUUCUCAAAACAUUGAAAUUUGAUAUUCUUGUACAAUUAGAAGACCUCAAAAGUUUUUAAGUAGCUAUCAGUAUAGCAUAAAACGGAAAC